GGAGGCGCUGGCCGCCUCCGCGGCGCUGCUCCUGGCGGCCUGGGCGGGCUGCCGGGUCAGCGGCGGGCGACGGCGCCGCGCCAAGGAGCUGUGCAUUGCCGCGGCCGCGCCGGGCCUCGCCUGCCGCGCCGGCCCCCUGGCGGAGCGGCGCGGGGCCUCCGUGAUCGAGGGCCUCGGCGGCGGAGCGCUCCUCCACGCCCGGUACGGCGACACGGCCGGGUUCGUCCUCCGCCUGGCGAGGCUGCAUGCGGUGAGCCUGGACGAUUCGGACCUGCCUCCGCUGGGGGCAUCGGAGCGCCAGAAGAUAACCACGGCGCUGGAAUCGGUGCGCGAGGCGGUUGCGGGCAUCCCGGCUCACGAGGGGACGGAGCCCUUCGAUGACCCCUGCAUCGGGCGGCUCCUGGUGGCCGCGGACUUCGACGUGGCCAGAGCCGUGCAGCUGGCCAACUCGUACGCGGCGUUCCGCAGGAACUGGCACGACGGCUUCCGUCCCCCAGGCCCAGAAGUCGCCGUCGCCAGGGGGGUCUUCCUGCUGCUCUGCGAGGAUCGGAGGGGGCGCCCGGUCUUGCUUGUGCGGGUAAAAUAUGUCGACAAGGAGAUGUCGGUGCCCGCAUUGCAGCUCCAGUUUCGCGCAUACAUGGACGCGAUCAGUCUCCACAUGUUGCUUAGGAGGCCAGAGCUCGCUGCGACCAACACUCUGGAGCAGUAUGUUUGCGUGAUCGAUGCGGCGGAUGCUGGGUUGGCGAACUGUUCCAUGGGUUUUUUUCGCAUGCUGCUGGAGGAAACUAGCACGCAUUACCCAGAGAGGGUCCAGGAGGUCGUAGUGCUCGGAGUCAACGCCACAGUUCGCAUGAUCUGGAGCACCGCAUCUGGCCUGGCCCACCCGCGGACGCGGAAGAAGCUGAAGAUGAUUCCACCGGGCGACUUGACCACCUUCAUGCGGGGAUUGGUGGCAGAGGAGGGGCUCCCGGCCGACUACGGCGGUCGCGCGCCGGCGCUGGAGGACCCAAACCUCCUCGGCGAGGGCGUCUCGGCGCGACACGUGGGCGCUUUGGCAUCGGCGAUUUGGGAACGCCAGUCGAGCUUGCAGAAGCCCGACGCGCCCUCGCCUGCCACCGACGAGUGCUGCGAGGGCUCGUCCUUCAGCUCCCGUUCGUCGUUUGGAAGUCCCGCUCCGCUGCGGAGACGACCGUCCACCCAGACGGCUGGGGCCUGGCGCGGGUCCUGCAUGGGGAGUAUUUUCGAGAGUUUCGUGGGCACCUGCAACCCUUGCGUAGCGCCGCGGUCUCCUGGACCGCCGUGCCAAGGCCAGCGCCCAGGCAGAAUGCCGGUCGACGCGCUUGGCGAGCCGCACCGCUGCGGCCCAGUUGCGAAGACCGUGACUCAUUGAGUUCGCACCCUGCGCGGAGCGCCUGCCUUGCGGGCGCUCGGGGAGCGACGGUACAUUGCCGCUCUCCGGCUCGCCCCUCUGCAGCCCCGCGCACCUCCCCCCCGCCUCGCUCCCCUGCCGAUCCCCGCACCCUCCCGCCGCCUCACGCCCCAUCCUCAUGGCACGCAAGGCUGUAGCAUUUGCCAUUUUUCCGUUGACUUCGGCCGUAGGUUCGCCUUUUUCCAGAUCGUGUUCUGUGAGGCAGACGAAAGUUGCUAAAGCUCGACGGUGCGAGCAAGCAUGAUGGUGGCGUGAGUACAAGUUUCGGCGAAAGUUAUC